CCGGGGAGGAGGCGGCCGCUGUGUCGCUUCCUCUUUCAGGCAGGAGGUUUGUGGCCGCAUGAUGGGGGCUCCGUCCGUCUCCGCGCUCUGCCCGCCCCGCGCCCUGUGCCCGGGCACCCAGUGACCGCAGCCUCCGGACAGCGCCCCCUCCUCCCUGCCGGGCACCAGCCGCUUCCCGUCACCUCGGGGGGUGAUGCGGGUACGGGGGGCGCGCGGCGGGCAGGAUAUCCCGGGGCCCCCCUUCUCGUACUCCCCCCGCGCCCGGUUUGGUUUCUUCCUGAUACUUUGUAACUUUUUGUGGAACUUGUUGCCGCUUCUCUCCGCGCGGCGCCGCUGCUCUACUCUGCGGUUUUCUCUGUGAUUUGUUUUCACUUUGUUUUUCUGAUUUAUUACUAUUUUUUUAAAAAUAUUUUUGGAUUUUUAUAUUUUACUUCUGGAUUACUUAUUUUUUUAAAAAACCUUCUGGCCAUGGCGUCGAGCUGCAGCGGAGCGCCAGCAGCAGGCAACGGGAACAUGGCGCUGCCCUGGUACCACCGGGAUCUGAGCCGGGCGGCUGCGGAGGAAUCAUUGGCCAAGGCCGGGAGAGACGGCAGCUUCCUGGUACGAGACAGCGAGAGCGUCACCGGGGCCUAUGCCCUCUGCGUCCUGUUCCAGAAGCACGUGCACACCUACCGGAUCCUGCCCGAUGAGGAGGACUACCUGGCUGUGCAGACGUCUCUGGGAGUCCAGGUGCGGCGCUUCAAGACGCUUGCUGACCUGAUCGCCCUCUACCUGCAGCCAAAUCAGGGGAUGGUGUGCACCCUGCUGUACCCUGUGGAGCGGGAGAAGGAGAAGGACGUCCUGGAGGACAGAGACUACUCCGAUGGGGAGGAUGAGAAGCCCCCUCUGCCGCCACGGUCGGCUUCUGCCAGUUUUUCUGGAGGGUCCUUGGUGCCAAGCAGUGGAGACAUCUGCCCGUCCGAGAGUUCCGCCAACGGGCUGAGCACCGUGUCUCACGAGUACCUGAAGGGCAGCUACGCCCUGGACCUAGAAGCCGUGAAAUCCGGGGCCACCAGUCUGCCGCACCUCAACAAAACCCUGGUCCUCUCCUGCAAGCGGCUGCACGGGGAAGUUGAUAAAGUUUUAUCGGGGCUGGAAAUUCUCUCAAAGAUCUUUGACCAGCAGAGCUCGCCCAUGGUGACCAAGAUUCUGCAGCAGGCUGCAAACCAGAGCGGUGAGCAGGAGCUGGAGAGCCUGGUGUGCAAGCUGUCCGUGCUGAAGGACUUCCUGUCCAGCAUCGAGAAGAAGGCCCUGAAGGCAUUACAGGACAUGAGCAGCUCGGCGCAGUCGGCUCCCGUGCCGCAAUCCUCCAGGAAGGCGAAGAGCAUCCCUGUGCAGACCUUUGAGGUGAAACUGGACAUGCUGGAUCUCACCAAGAUAGUGAAAUCUCAGAAGUACACGCUGACCGUGGAUGUGGACGGAGGAAAACUCGUGGUCAUGAAGAAGGUGAAAGAGGCUCAGGAGGACUGGAACACCUUCGCCCAUGAUAAAAUCCGGCAGCUGAUCAAGUCCCAGCGGGUGCCAUCUAAGCUUGGAAUCGUGUUUGAGAAGGAGAAGGAUAAAACCCAACGGAAAGACUUCAUCUUUGUCAGCGCCAGGAAACGUGAAGCCUUCUGCCAACUGCUUCAGUUAAUGAAGAACAAGCACUCCAACCAAGAUGAGCCUGACAUGAUCUCCGUCUUCAUAGGGACCUGGAACAUGGGAAGUGUUCCACCGCAGAAAAACAUCACCUCCUGGAUGGGCUCCAAAGGAUUAGGGAAGACGCUAGAUGAGAUGGCGGUCACCAUACCUCACGAUAUCUAUGUGUUCGGAACGCAAGAGAAUUCUGUGGGUGAUAAAGAGUGGGUGGAUUUUCUGAGGGUUAUGCUGAAGGAGUGCACAGAGCUGGACUAUCGGCCGGUCGCCAUGCAGUCCUUGUGGAAUAUUAAGAUUGUCGUCUUGGUUCGUCUGGAGCACGAGAACCGGAUCACGCAUAUAAGCACGUCCAGCGUCAAGACCGGAAUCGCCAACACCCUGGGGAAUAAAGGCGCGGUGGGAAUAUCCUUCAUGUUUAAUGGCACCUCGUUCGGGUUUGUGAACUGUCAUCUGACGUCAGGGAACGAGAAAACCGCCAGGCGCAAUCAGAAUUACCUGGACAUCCUGCGGCUCCUCUCUCUGGGGGAUAAGCAGCUGAACUCCUUUGACAUUUCCCUCCGCUUCACUCACCUCUUCUGGUUCGGAGACCUGAACUACCGCCUGGACAUGGAUGUGCAGGAGAUCCUGAAUUUCAUCAGCCGCAAGGAGUUUGAGCCUCUUCUGAAAGUCGACCAACUCAACCUGGAAAAGGAGAAGAACAAGAUCUUCCUACGAUUCAGUGAGGAGGAGAUCACGUUCCCCCCCACAUAUCGCUAUGAGAGGGGCUCCCGGGACACAUAUGUGUGGCACAAGCACAAACCCACGGGGGUACGGACUAAUGUCCCCUCCUGGUGUGACAGGAUCUUGUGGAAAUCCUACCCGGAAACCCACAUCAUAUGUAACUCUUACGGCUGCUCUGAUGACAUCAUGACUAGUGAUCACUCUCCAGUCUUCGCAUCUUUCGAGGUCGGAGUGACAUCACAGUUUGUCUCGAAGAAAGGUUUGCUGAAGCCAUCGGAGCAGGCCUACAUAGAGUUCGAGAACAUCGAGGCCAUAGUGAAGACGGCGAGCAGGACUAAGUUCUUCAUCGAGUUUUAUUCUGGAUGUUUAGAGGAAUAUAAGAAGAGCAGCGAGAACGACAGUCAGAGCAUCGACAACGUCAACUUCCUGAAGGUCCAGUGGUCGUCGAGACAGCUGCCAACUUUGCGGCCCAUCCUCUCCGAGAUCGAGUACCUCCAGGACCAGCACUUACUGCUGACGGUGAAGUCCAUGGACGGAUACGAGUCGUACGGCGAGUGCGUCAUUGCGCUGAAGUCGAUGAUUGGCAGCACGGCGCAGCAGUUUCUCACCUACCUGUCUCACCGGGGAGAGGAGACGGGGAACAUCCGGGGCAACAUGAAGGUGCGGGUGCCGGCCGAGCGCAUGGGAACCAGAGAGCGGCUUUACGAAUGGAUCAGUAUUGACAAAGACGAGACCGGAGCGGUGAAAGGGAAACCGCCGUCCAUGUCCCGCCCCAACCACGAGUAUACCAAAUCCAGCAGCAGGAAGCAUCCAGCAGCCGAGGCCCCCGCCCCCGGAAAGUUGUUUGAGGGGCCCGAGAAAGGACCAGCUCACAUGACCGGCCGCCCGCCUGCUCCACUGCCCACCACCCUCAAGGAGGACCCGGCACUGGCACGGUGUAAGAUGGAGGCGCAGGCGGAAGGCGAUGGACUCGGCUCAAAGAACAGCUUCAAUAACCCCGCCUACUACGUCCUGGAGGGCGUGCCCCAUCAGAUGUUAACCCCCGAUGGGCAGGCAGCUGCUUCCUCUGCAGCCCCCAAAAACAAAGUCCAGAUCACGGUUCCGGCGCAGCAGCAGCGUCCAUUUCAGCAGAGCUCCCGGAGCGAGGAGACUUCCUCCGACGAAGAUGUCGGCACCCUGAAUCUGCCGCCCCCCGAUUUCCCACCUCCCCCUCUCCCAAAAUCAGCCGAGUUUGAGAUGCUGGAUAAUCCUUUUUACAUGACGUCCAGCGAGCUGCACCCCAGACCGUCUGAGGAGGCCGAUCAGCGCAAGGUCCGGGUGGGCGUCACCUUCAGCGACUUCCCUGAAACCAAGUAUCACCCCAAAACCACGUCCCGGCCUCCUAUACCCACCCCUCAGCCCUCGUAUAUGGCGGACGCUCACGCCGCGCACCAGGAUGACCGCUCCUGCUCCGUGCUGCAGAUGGCGCGCACUCUUAGCGAGGUGGACUAUUCGGGGAGCAAGGCGGAGCCUCAGGGCCGCUCCGCCCACCUCCUGUCCGGGAAAGGCAAGAUGGAGCUUCCUCCCCGCAGCAUGGACUUCAGCCGCCCGCUGGUCUUCCCACCGCACUGCAUCCGCGAGAGCAUCCAGGAGGACCUGGCCGAGGAGGCUGUGUACCAGGGGGGUCGUCACUCUCUGCAGGGUUCCAGUGUCGGCGAGUGGCUCCGGGCCAUCGGGCUGGAGAGAUAUGAGGCGGGGCUCCUCCACAAUGGCUGGGACGACCUGGAAUUCCUCAGCGACAUUGUGGAGGAAGAUCUGGAGGAGGCGGGCGUGCUGGACGCCGCACACAAGAAGAUCAUAUUGGACAACCUGCAGCUCAGGAAGUAGGGUCCCCGCCCCCCGCGCGUUUACAAUGCUGCACCUUAUCUGGCCCCGACCCCGUCCCCAGGGCCACAUCGUCACUGAGGCCUCACGCAGGAUAUUCCUGUCGGCGCUCAUGCUGUGUUGCUGGACAACGGCGCCGCCCGCCCCCCCACAUACAUUUCUAUAGAUUUGACGUGUCCGUAUUCUUCUAGUUACUAAUAUCGCGCGCGCUCCUCGCAGCGGCCGACUUUUUAUAUUGUUACCUUUUCUAUAUAUUUAAUAUGUUUUCACAUUUCAAUGUUAGACCAAAAUGGCCGCCGCGCCGGUCCCGGACAGUAUCUCGUGGCCGCCAUCUUGUCUGCUGUUAUUAUGCAUUGGUGCCUUAUAACAUGUGUUAUCCGGGGAGGUGACGACUGCUGAUACAAAAGGGAAUCGGGGUUUAUGGGCCA